UCCUACCAGACGUCAGUUGUUUUUGGAACAAAGAAUCGCUGCGGCUUUAGCGCCAAACGGGAGAGCAAUUCAAAGUGGUCGCGUCAUUGUUUCCACAGUUACAAGUAUGAGUAUUGAGCUUCGUUUUCUCUGUACUUUGACUGAGAACCUUCACCCGUAAAGCCGAGCUUAUCUGCUCUGAGUUGCCUCCAACCUGGGAGAAGGGAUGGCAGCUGGGUCACUGAAAGCGUUGCUGCUUCUCUCCUUAAUAUUUCCCGAGCGGACCCUCGCUCUUUCCGAAGAAGAGAAGAAGGACCUGGUUGAUGCUCACAAUAAGUAUCGCGCUCUGGUGAUGGAUGCUUCCAACAUGCUGAGAAUGAAAUGGGACAAUGAUUUGGAGGAAUUUGCUUUUAAGUAUGCAAAGGAAUGUACUUGGGGACACAAUGAAAAGCGAGGAAGAACUGGUGAAAAUUUAUAUGCAAUUACUGGCACAGUCAACCUGAAAUUGGCUGUCGAGAAAUGGUAUUUAGAAGUUGCGGAUUAUACAUAUGAUACAAUGGAGUGCACGCCAAUGAAGAUGUGUGGACACUACACCCAGGUUGUCUGGGCAGAUAGUGAUAAAAUGGGUUGUGCCAGCCACUUUUGUGAUGAAUUGAAAGGUUUGGAUGAGAAAAACCUGUCUAUUCUGGUGUGCAACUAUUUACCUCCGGGCAAUGUAGCUGGAGACCAUCCAUAUAAAAAAGGGACUCCCUGCAGUGAAUGUCCCGAUGGAUUUAAGUGCAUUGAUAAUCUUUGUACAUCUGAGCUUGAUCUAGGUCCAGGGUCGGAGACAGAUCCACAGUCACCACUGAAGCCAGAGCCAGAAGCAGAACUGGAGCUAGAAGCCAAACCUGAGUCAAGCCCAGAGGCAGACCUGGAGCCAGAGGCAGACCUGGGCGUAGCCCCGGAGCCAGAGGCUGACCUAGGCCUAGCCCCGGAGCCAGAGGCAGACCUGGGCCUAGCCCCGGAGCCAGAGGCAGACCUGGACCUAGCCCCGGAGCCAGAGGCAGACCUGGACCUAGCCCCGGAGCCAGAGGCUGACCUGGACCUAGCCCCAGAGCCAGAGGCUGACCUGGACCUAGCCCCGGAGCCAGAGGCUGACCUGGACCUAUCCCCGGAGCCAGAGGCUGACCUGGACCUAUCCCCGGAGCCAGAGGCAGACCUGGACUUAUUCCCAGAGCCAGAGGCAGACCUGGGCCUAGCCCUGGAGCCAGAGGCAGACCUGUGCCUAGCCCCAGAGCCAGAGGCAGACCUGGACCUAGCUCAGGAGCCAGAGGCUGACCUGGAUUUAUCCCCGGAGCCAGAGGCAGACCUGGGCCUAGCCCCGGAGCCAGAGGCAGACCUGGACCUAGCCCCGGAGCCAGAGGCAGACCUGGACCUAGCCCCGGAGCCAGAGGCAGACCUGGACCUAGCCCCGGAGCCAGAGGCAGACCUGGACCUAGCCCCGGAGCCAGAGGCAGACCUGGACCUAGCCCCGGAGCCAGAGGCAGACCUGGACCUGAGCCAAGAAACAGUAUCUACAUUGGAACCCAUACUGGAGCCUGGGAUUAAGUUAGAGGUUGAGAGAAGGAGAAAACUGAUGCCAGAACCAGGGCUCAUGUCAGAUUCAGAGAAAAGCGGUAAGAAAUUAUCUGUUCUCGGCUAA